AUGCCCCUGCUUGAUAGCUUCCUAAAUGAGCCGGGGAUGCAGGAGGGUCACCCCACCGCCAGCCCAAUCGGUAGCUGCCUUUCCUCCCCGUGCAAACAUCACUUGAUCACAGUCACCAAGAUCGAUGGGACUGCGUGCAAUUGGGAUCUAUACUCCAGAGUAUUGGAUGGAUAUAAUGAUGCAACCCCAAACCUUGCCAAGUGGAACUUGUGUGGCAAUCAAAAUCUAGAUCGGAGUUCCAAGAGUUCUACACAAGUCUUCCUAGGUCUUCCUAUCUUCCAUACUACACAACCAUCCACUGUACACAAAUCAUGUAUCGGAAUCGACCGUCACCACCAGCAAUUGGACGAUCAGGAUCUAAGCUUCUGCUCCGGUGUUCAAUGUUGGCUUGAAUGA